AUGGAAGGAGGAGGAGGAGGAGGUGCUGGUGGUUUUGGCCUUCGAAAUUUACCAAACAAUCCCUCCAUAUAUCUACCAUUUCCACCAUUAACAGCGGUGGACAGGUUCUUAUGGGGUCGAGGCCAAUUCUCACAGCAACAGAAUCAAAGUAAUAUUAAGAACAACGAAACACUUGUUUCUACAAAUGGGUUGUAUGAUCUCUCUGCAUCGAAUGGUGCAAUUGCUGGUUUUCCAUGGCCAUGUUUCCAAGAGAGAGACUUCGUUGAAGGAGAUAGUCUCAUCAAUUGGACAUGCGAGAUAAACCCUAGAGCUUGUUUGGAAGGAGAAGUGAAUGUUUCAGGAAGGAUUUGUAAAGGUCAGGCAAAGAAAGCCAAGAAAAUCCCUUGUCCAAGUUUGAUCAAAGGGCAGUGGACAGAAGAAGAAGACAGGAAACUGAUUAAGCUGGUGAAGCAAUUUGGGGUAAGAAAAUGGGCACAAAUAGCUGAAAAGUUGGCUGGUAGGGCUGGAAAGCAGUGUCGCGAGAGAUGGCACAAUCAUUUGCGCCCUGAUAUCAAGAAAGAAAGCUGGAGCGAAGAAGAGGAGAGGAUUUUGGUUGAAGCACAUUCCAAGGUUGGGAACCGAUGGGCAGAAAUCGCAAAACUCAUUCCUGGAAGAACUGAGAAUGCUAUAAAGAAUCAUUGGAAUGCUACGAAAAGAAGGCAAAAUUCAAGGAGAAAGAACAAGCAUACAGAAAAUAAAAUUGCAAAACCUCAAUCUUCAAUACUUCAAGACUACAUUAAAAGCAAGAACCUCAAAAAUCCUUGCCCUACUUCUAUAGGUACCCCUUCCCAUAGCACAAACACAAACAUAAACACACCUUCAAGCUCCUCCACAUCAGAUGAUCCUUCAAGCCAAUUCAACUACUUUCUCCCUGAAUUAUCUGAACCCAAUGUGGAUGACUCUCCACCACUGAUCACUCAAACAUAUGAUGAUGAACUUCUCUUACAAAAUUUCUUCAAUGACAAUUUUAUGGAGUCAUCCCCAGAAAAACCUGCAACCAAGAAUCCAAUGGAAAUGGAAACCAGCAGCAAUCUAGCUGAUACAAGUGAUCAAUAUGACUUGUUUUCUUCUACUUUGAUGUCUCCAAUUAUGUGCCCAAGUGGUCUCCAAGCGGAAGAAAGACCUACUAGCUACCUGUAUUCAGAUCUCUAUCUCUCUUACCUUCUAAAUGGAGCAACCGCAAUUUCGCCUUCUAUUGAUUAUGGAGAUAACAAUAGCAUGAACAUGGAGUUGGGGAUAGAUCAAACUCGUUCAAAUGGAAAGAAAGAGAUGGAUUUGAUAGAGAUGAUUUCUUCUUCUCAUUUCUUUCAAGGUAGCAACAGUACAUAG